AUGGCAGGCCCGCUGGAAUCCAUCUCAGGCGGAAAGGCUUGGUACUACUGCCCAAAAGGCCCCAUGGUCCUCGGGGAAGGACCAAUCUAUCGAGCCAGCGACUCGACGCUCCAUUGGGUGGAUUGUCUCUCCGAGCCUCCAGAGCUGUACGUCCUCAAAGUCGACCCCGUUACCGGGGAUGCGAUUGGCGAAGCGCGAGUUCUGCCCCUGGCGGAUAGCGUCACCGUCGCCUUCUUCCGCAAGGAUAAGCCCGGGAGCUACAUCGCCGCGUACUACCAGGGGGUUUGCUUCGUGGACGAAGCCACGGGGAAACUCGAUGUCGUCAAGGAAAUCAUCCCCAAGAGUCAGCGAGACGAGCUACGUUUCAAUGAUGGGGGCAUCGACGCCAAGGGCCGGUUCUGGCUGGCGGAGAUUGACAAACGCGCCAUGGCCUUUGGGCCAAAUCAGCUCCCAGAAAGCUACGGGACCCCGAAGGGGAGGUUAUGGAGAUAUGAUCCCGAUGGGAGCUUACACUUGAUGAUUUCCGAGGGUGUGGUCUGUGGAAAUGGACUGGCAUGGAGUCCUGAUAAUAAGACGAUGUACUUCAACGACUCGGUUGCAAUGAUGGUCUUUGCGUUUGAUUUUGAUUUGGAAAGCGGCAGCAUCUCCAACAAGCGGCUUUUAGUCGACAGACGCUCGUCAUAUGGGGAACCGGAUGGGAUGAUCGUCGACACUGACGGAAACCUGUGGAUUGCUGUUUUCGCCUCCCAUAGGGUAAUGGUAUUCAGUCCCGAGGGCAAACACCUGAAAGAUAUCGUGUGCACGGCCAAGAACCCGGCCUGUACUACAUGGGGAGGGAAAGAUCACAGUAUUAUCUUCAUGGCAAGCGGCAAAGAUCGCAGUGAGAACCCGGAGCCAGGAGAUGAAGGCGGCCACAUGUUCAAAUAUCACCCUGUGAGUGCGAGGGGCUAUCCUAAGCAUGAGUUUGCGGGUUGA